UAGGGAUGGGGUUUGGGUGGUGCUGCGUGAGGCCAGGGCUUGGAUCGGGUGAUCCCUACGGGCCCUCGAUUCUGGCUCGGGAUACAGCCCGAAUACAGAGGCAACCUCAGCACGUCGCAGCAUCGCAGCACGCCUGGGGCCGGGAGGGAGCUCCAAGGAAAUCCCCAUCCAGCUCCGCGCCCUGGGCCGUCCGCCCCCUCGGGGUCCACCCACGGGUCCUCUAACGAUCUGCAUUACCGCUUACAGCACUAAGCUAACCCGCCCGUAGGCGCAGCCCCAGAGGGCAGAGGCGGUGCCGAUUGGGGCGGUGAUAACGGCACCAGACGGAGCCGUUGGCGCUGUCGGUGCCUCACUCCUCGCUCCCGCCCCGACGGCUGCAGCGUCCGCCCCCGGAGGAGCUCAAGCGAAGGCGCAACCACGGCCGCUCGACAUGUCCCCGUGCUGCCCGGGGACAGCAGGGGCUCCGCGAUGCGGCUGCUCCUGGUUGGGAAGACCGGGGGGGGACGAAGCGCCACGGGAAACACCCUCCUUGGGCGACGCGUCUUCGAGUCCAAGCUGUCCACCGUGCCGGUGACCCGCAGCUGCAAUGCGGUCGCUGGGCGCUGGGACGGCGAGGACAUCGUGGUGAUCGACACGGCCGACAUCUUCCAUCUGUGGGACGGCAGCGCUGAGAUGUGCAGGGAAAUCGUCCGCUGCGUCGAGCUGUCCUCCCCCGGCCCCCACGUGGUGCUGCUGGUCACCCAGCUGGGCCGCUUCACCCAGGAGGACCAGGAGGCCGUGCGGGGCGUGCGGGACAUCUUCGGAGCCGGCGUGUUCGGGCACAUGGUGGUCGUGUUCACCCGCGGAGAAGAGCUGGUGGGGGGAUCGCUGCGUGACUACGUGGCCUACACCGACAACAGAGCUCUGAGAGACCUGGUCCAGAGGUGCGGGCACAGCAUCUGCAGCAUCAACAACCGGGCCACCGGGGCCGAGCGGGACCAGCAGGUCCAGCAGCUGAUGGAGAAGGCCCGCCAAACAGUGCAGGAGAAUGAGGGCAGGUACUACAGCAACGAGUUGUACCUGGAUUCCUUCUUAACGGAAGAGCAAGUGAGGUAUCACAUGGAGAGAGCAAGCAACCCGUGGAAUGUGCUGCUCGGCUCUACGUCAUACAGGAAGGUCUUUUGGAUACUGGGGAUAAUUCUCAUUGUCAUUGCUCUGAUUUUCAUUGGUUUCCUUAUUUGGUGGAGGAGAUGAAUGGCCGAGUCUCAUCAUCCCACAGUCCCCCAGUAUCAGAAUCCCAGAAUCCCACAGCACCUGGUGCCGCAGGCACCGCUCCAUCCCCUCCUAUCACCAUCCCACAGCACCCGCUGCCCAUGGCUGUGUCCCUUUGAACCUCUCCAGGGACAGAGACCCCAGCGCCGCGCUGGGCAGCUGCUGCCGUGCUCACCCCCCCACACAGCACCCCCGGCACCUUCUCCUGGGACUCACAGUGUCCCCAGUUGGGGGGGUCCCAUAGGGAGCAUCGAGCCAACUCAUGGCUCCACACAGCACCUCCCAAACCCCAACCCUAUGUCAGAGAGCGGUGACCCAACACUCUGUGAGCUGUGGCAUCUCGGGGCUGUGCCUGCUGCCCUGGGGAGCUGCUCCAUGCCCCCUGCCCUGUGGGGCAGAGCCUUUUCCUCACCCCCACCCGACCCUCCCCUGACCCAGCUCCAUGCCGUUCCCUUGGGUGCUGCCACAGAGAGCAGAGCUCAGCGCUGCCCCUCUGCUCCCUGUGCGGAGCUGUAGGGCCAUGAGGUGCCAACAAGAAGAGAAGGCAAAGCGUCCUGAAGUGCCCACUGGGCUCCUUUCAGGCUAAUUACAUACUAAAACCAACACCCAUCGCUAUGGAAAGAAGAUUAGAAUGAGACAGCCGCUGUCCCCUCCCAAAUGCAGAGUCUCGGAGCCCCUUGUAUGCUUGCCCAGCAGAGAUGUAUCAGAGUACCCAAUUAGAAACUGUAUAGGGAUUUAAUUUUGUAAACAGCCAAGUAAAGGUUACUGCACUUCUUUUGGGGGGUGUGCUUGCUUUGGGAAGGAUUGCCAAGCACCUGAUUGUGCACAGAAAUAAAACAGAGAACGCUGUCUGCA